UACAGUCUCCAGCAUAAGCACGCUCGUCAGAAUUGGCGGGUUGCAAAGACUGCGUGCACCUUUUGUCUGUCUACGGGGUCUAUUUCCACCAAACAUUGUGAAAAAUCAUUUUGCAGCACUUUUAACACGUUUUUAAUUUAACACUCAGUUGGGUGUCGCAACGUUGUUUUAUUAAUCUAACGCUCUUUUGACGUUGACAAGGAACCAGAAGGUUCCACAGACUCUGCCCUGACGAGUAUGAGCCGGCCUGCAGGCACCACUAGUGAUGCUCCCAGUGUCACCUCAGUACCCCCACAGGCAGAUGUCAAGCUGGCGACCACUGGUGGAAAGAAACAGACCAAGAAGAAGGUGGAGGAAGUGGUGGAGGAGGAGGAGGAGGAGUAUGUGGUCGAGAAAGUUCUGGACCGGCGCGUAGUCAAGGGCAGGACUGAGUACCUCCUCAAAUGGAAGGGUUUUUCAGACGAAGACAACACUUGGGAACCUGAAGACAACCUUGACUGUCCAGACCUGAUAGCAGAGUUCUUACAGUCUCAAAAGAAGGCCAGCGAGGGAGAGAGAAAGGAGGUGGGCACCAAGAGGAAAGUGGGUGAGUCGGACAACGAAGCGGGCAGUGAAGAAAGCCGGCCUAAGAAGAGGAAAGACGAGCAAGAAAAACCCAGGGGUUUUGCGCGGGGAUUGGACCCUGAGCGCAUUAUUGGAGCCACAGAUUCCAGUGGAGAACUGAUGUUCCUCAUGAAGUGGAAGAAUUCAGACGAGGCAGAUCUUGUGCCAGCAAAGGAAGCCAAUGUGAAGUGCCCACAGGUUGUCAUUUCCUUUUACGAGGAACGGCUCACAUGGCACUCUUACCCCACGGAGGAAGAGGAGAAGAAAGAUGACAAGAACUAACCAACGGACAGGUGGUGUUGUCAGUGGGUGGCUAAGAAACAUUGGGUGAUGUUAGGAGGAGAGGAACAAGGAUGGGGCAGCAGAAAGCUUUUUGCUGUUUUUAACUCUUGCCAUAAACCAUGGACACUCGAUAUUGUGUAGAACUCACAAGAAUGCAGAAUUGGAGGUCAUCUGGAGAACAUUGAGUUGGAAAGUCCUUAAGGGAACAAAGUGGAUGUUUUUCUCUAUACUAACCACAGAAUCCCUUCUCCAUUUAAUAUCUCCUCCUUUCAUUAGCUUUUUUUUUUUGAGGGUAUGGGAAAAGUAGUCUACCAAGCUGCUAGAUCACUCGAGAUCAGUGCUGGCAGCUUCCUAGUGGGUUGUCUUGCAGGUUUGUUUUGGGUUAUAAGUUUUACCUUAAUAUUUUACAUGUUUGCUGUAAGAAUGUAAGGGCCAUGAUUCCUUAAUGUCCAUACGUACAAAAAAGUGAUAUAUGUAUAUAUGUUUUUGUUUUUGUUUUUUCUUUCUAUACAAUGUUGUCUUGUAUAUGUAAGUUUUUAUUGAUCUUUUAAAUAUGGGCUCCCACUAAGUACUGCAGUAAGUAUGCAGUGUUUAUUCCAUGCUCCAAGGAUUCCAGUCCUAGCUCCUUGCAACCGAGGACAUGGUCUCAUUAGCAGCAGCAGCCACCAGUGCUCUAUGUGGUAGGUCCAGAAUGUUCUAUAGUGUGGCUGUGGUUGAUGCAGUAAAUGCAAUAGGAAGGAAGGGUUUUGUGUUAUGAGACAGCGAUGCAGGAGUCAUCACUCAAAGCGUGCAAAGCUCUGACAUGGCACCCCAUGACAUCACAGAUGCAAUACUGAAGUUUGCUGCUGUUAGGGUUCUGUUUGAGAAACAGCAGUUGUUUAUUUGCUGUACUGUUUUACCUCUUGUGUUACUCAGUAAAUAAUGGGUUUUCCUCUGUAUUUGCCUAAUCUCUUUGUUUAAAUAGAUUUAUCAGUGAUUUUAGAUUUAAAGUAAGGGAAGGAACAUUCUAAGAAUUCCUAUUUUGGAGGCACUGCAUGAAAUUGCAAUGCUGUUUAAAACCUUCAGCAGUACUUAAAUGUUUCACAGUUAAUCCUGACUGGGACUUUAUCAUGUCAGCUGCAUUUCAUAGAAGCCAGAUCACACACAAGGUAUUCAACCAUGACAUUUUGAGGUAAUGCCUCAGAUUUAUUGCCCCCCCCCCCCCCCCCCAAAAAA